CGUUGGCACUUCGUCGCAUCAUCGUCGGCAUCAGAGCUUCGCCGCGCAUCAACAUCGCAGCCCGCUCUCUCCCAAGCGGCUGUCCACCCUUUCAGCUUACAAACCUCAUUGAUAGAGUUUCCGAACACUUCUAACAACCUUUCCACAGCCAACAUAGCGCUAUAUUCGCAUGCUUGGCCACGAUACAAACAUCUUGAACCCAAUUUACUGGAAGACAUCAUGAUAGAUUUGUGCGCGCUGAACGAUCCUGAACAUAUCUCAUUCUCUUAGUGGUGAGUGGAUUUACCUCAGCUGUCGCUUUCCUACCCUGCUCGCUUCCCCCGGCUUGGUCAUUGCUGGAUAUGUAUGUCCGGGAAACCCCUCGACGCCCUUGGACCUAAGGACGAAUUAUGGGUGGCACAAGCUUCAUUCAACGCGAAACCUUUACAGACGACUCAGGCAUCGGGAAAGUUUCUUCUUUUUCAUACUGGCAGUGAUAUGCGCCACAUGAUGAACAGCGCUACAAAGUCAAGCAGCUUCGACCAGGACGAGGUCAUAUAAGAAUACGACUCAGGAUGCAGAACAAGAUGAACAAUAGAAAAAUCCGCCAUCGCAGCCAUUACGAACAAUCCAUCAGCGACCCGAAUACUUGAGAUAAGAAGCUUGAUAUCUGGUCCAGGGAGGUUAUGGGGCGUUUCCUGAGGAUACCUCGAGCGGGGCACGGAGCUCAGAGCGACUACAGUCGAUUGGCGUUUGUACUAAUUUCUUUCAUAGUACAAUCGACGUCCACUUGCCCAAAUUCUUUCAAAAUGUCCUUCUUCGGUUUCGACACCACGCGCCAUAACACGGCUGCGCCUGGCUUCUCCCAAUCUCACGAUCCAUUUGCUGGUUUAUCAGGCAGGGAUGGCGAUGAUGAUGCUCUAGACUUCGAGGAGACUUAUGACGGUCUUGGAGACCAGCUCGAAGAGACUGGAGACGCAUUCAACGACGACACCUUCGGUGACAGUGGCCCGGCAGUCUCUCGCAGUGCUGGCAAGGAUUUCGACUUCUUUGGCCAGACUGCCAAGGUUGCGGAUGCCAUUGAGGAGGAGCAUCUUCGCUACAAUCGCCAGGGGCCUGCGGCUAAACCUGCUGCUUCUGCUCAGGCUCAUUCUUCCGUCAACCAAUAUGCCUCGGCCGACUACCAGUCUUACUACUCUAACCAGCCUUAUCAGCAACAGUCUUACCAACAGCCUGUGCGAUCUGGUUACGAGAAGUACCGCGAGCCCGAAGCGCUCCCUGAUCUCCAUGUUGACCGAAGCAUCUGGGGCAUUGGGCCGUCUAAGCCAGCCCAGCAAGCAUCGCCGGCUCCUGUUCCUGCAGCUCAGCCUGCCCAGCAUGCACCCAGUCGCAAAGUCAUGAGCUUGGAAGAGGUCGAGGCCGCCAUGCGAUCUCAGCCCAAGCAGCAGACACCUCAGCCACAUGCCGCAGAUCUUUCCUAUCAGCAGCCGCCUCACGGAUUUACUGCUCAUCAGCAACAGCCUCCUCAGGCCCAUGGUCAUGGCCAUCCGGUGACUAUUCUGCAGAGGCCCCAAAGCACUCAAUCGAAGCCCACGCCGCCAGCCCCGGGUCUUCAAGCGACUCCCGUUCAGCAUCAGCAGCAGCUCCAUGCCAACCCGACCCAGAUUCUGCAGAAUCCCAACCGCGCCGGCCCAGAUGCGCAUGUUCCACCUCAGCAUGGACACCACUCCAAGCAGUCCCACGGUGCCAUCCCUAAUGCCGCGCAGUUACAAGCUCAUCCCCAAAUGCAGCAGAUGUCCGAAGAAGAGAAGGCCGCCUAUCUGGAUCAAGAGACCAAGAGGGCUAAGCGAAACCAUAAGAUCUGGCUCCUGUCGAAGGACAACGGUUUGAUGACUCCCCAGGACAAGAACUUCAUCACCCGUAUCCAGCUCCAGCAGCUUGUUUCCGCUACCGGCAACCCUGUUGAAGGGUCUGAUGCCUCAAUUGCCGAGGACUUCUACUACCAGGUUUACAGCCAUAUUCGAGCUGGCCAGCGCCAAAAUCCUAGCCAGCCUCUGAGCAACUUUGCCCAGACAUAUCUAUACCAGACUGGUAGUCGUCAGGGUGGUAUGCGUCGCCAUGGACGUCCCGCUGAGAACCACUUCCAACGAAUGGAGCAGCAGGUUCAGCGUGCUGUCGAAGCUGCCAAGAACAAGCCCAAGAACCCUCAGCUGGUCAUUGCAGGUAGUCUAGGAAAGAUCUCCUUCAGCAACGCGAAGACCCCUAAGCCUCUCCUCAGCAUCAAGCGCACCGAGAGUGAGCAUCAGCGCCCCAACAAUGGCAAGAAGGGUUCUAGCCUUGAUCGAAAGACCAUCCUCCGAAACGUCGAGAAGGUUUAUCAAACUCUGAUGCAAAUCGAGGACCAUGUUCGGCUUAUCCCACCCCCUAUGACCGGUCCCGAUGAGGAGCUUGAGAACAAGCACAAGGAGUGGGCCACCAUUCUAGAGACCUACAACGCCAAGCUCUGGCAAGAGCUCAAGGUCCACGAGCAGAUUGGUGUUGUUGUUCCUCAUCCAUUCAUCGCUUUCUUGUCUUGUGCCAAGGGUGAGAAGGCCAUUCCUCGUCUCUUCCCUCAUCUCUCUUUUGAACAACGAACCACUAUCUUGACCAUGAUUAUCUAUCAUCUCGACCAAUUGGAUGUCGUCCAGGGCGCUGCUAUUACACCGGGCGAGGUGACAACCAUCAACGCACGCAUGCGUGAGAAGAUUGAACUUUUCAUCUCUACUGUCAUGCCAUCACUGAUGCAGUAUUUCAACGACACUGGCCUGGAUAUUGUUGAUGGAGUUUUGAAUCUGAUUGCCACCAAGCUCAACGUCGAUCUCAUUGCUAGAUCAAGAAUUGGUGUGUCAAUGUUGACACUUAUUCUCAGUCGUGCCGUGCUUCUCAAACAGACAGGCGCCGGCACUCCUGAGCAGUGGGAUAACUGGGAUCGAACAUUUGAGAUCUUGUUCAGUAGACUCGAACCUUCGCUGCCUUACAUUUUCCCUGGUAGCGUCAACACUGGAGAGGACGUCUAUGUAUGGCAGCUUCUUGCAGCUAUGGGCGUCAGCGCCACUCACGAUCAACAAACUCGUCUGGUCCUUGCUGUCAAGGACCGUGUGCUCGACACUGUCACUGUUUCAAAGACUCUCCCCCCCGCUAUGGGAGCAGAGCGGCUGAACAGUGUCAAUUUGUUCAUGCGAUCCAUUGGUUUGGAUGUCGAGCUUCUCCAGUAAACACAUGUUUCGUGAGCAUGCAUACAGGCUAUUGUCGGUGAUUCUUGGGCUUUUUUCUUGGGCUGGCAUAUGAGAGCGCUCAAGACGACCGGGACAUGCAGGAUGCAACACAACACAACAAACAGGGUUUACAUGCUGGCGAAAAUAUUAUUGGGAGCGGUUCAGCGUAUAGGCAUACUGGGUGUACAAAACUCGUAACCCCUGAUAUGGCGAGUGCCUAGCGCUUUCAUGUAUACCGGCAUUACAGUCGGAUGAUCAUCACUAACUCACGGAGAGAGUUUGGGAGGACUCUUGUCCAUUGAGGAAAUAGGUUAUAUCGUAUUUGCAAAUUUUACACGUUUUUGGCAAAGCUUUUUUAUACUGUGACUUUUGCAUUCCUUAUAUAAAGUUGAUAGAUCCUUUGCGCCGUCCCAUGCAACCUAUUUAGUCCCCUGAGUUUACUUCUAGCACCAGACUUUCACUCUUCAUCCAUCAACGUUGGCCGUUUUUGAAGCUGUAGCUCGAGGUCUACCUCCCCGUCGAGGAACGGUCCCCGCCGCUCCACCUCGUGGUCGAAGCUUGGGCUUUCGUGCCUCCUCCGCCCCUGGCGCAGGUUGCUCUGGCUGCUUGACGGGAGCAAUUGGCUUGGGAUCUUCUUUAACAGGUUCUGGCGCCGGUUGUGGCUUCUUAAUACCACUAACAGCUUCAAGAAGCUCGUCAUCAUCCCAUCGACGAGCGAACUUUGGCACAGACUCCUCAAGGGGUGGCUCAUUUUCCUCCGCAUCAUCGGCUUUCUCUGCUCCUUCCGCGGCCUCCUCUUGAGUAGGGCGCAGGAAGAGGCUUUCGUUAUAAACCUCCCAGGCAGCCUCCUCAUUCUCAUCUGUGUAGUGCAUAGUUCGCCAAUGCUCUGUCUGCACAGAUCGUAGACGAUCAGCCAUGGUUUCGGUGGUAACCGUAUCACCAUCGCCAGUAGCCUU